GGACUGCCACGGGAAGAAUCGUUUAAAUGUGCUGAUUAAAUAUGGCCAUGAAUACAUAAAAAAUAUGAAGUCAACGCAGAUGAAGGAUUUCAUAAUCCACGAACAUUACAACGGUCACACGAUGGCCAAUGACAUUGCUUUGGUGAUGGCGACUAGAGCCCUGCCUCUCGGAAACGUGGUUCGAAGGGUCAUAUUACUGAAUUCAGCGCCGAAACUUAAGCUGGCCUAUGUAGCGGGCUGGGGCGUAAUGAACUACCGCGACGAUGUGUCCCUCACGUUACUAGAGGCAGUUCAAGAGUUGCAGCCUGUGUCAGUAUGCAAGCUGAUGGGACCGCGGCUCAGGGGCACCUUCUGCGCGGGCGUCGUCACUGGCCCGGGGAACCCUGCUGAGGGCGACUCAGGCAGCGCGUUGGUAGGCAAGAAUCACGUACAAAUUGGACUGGUCUCCUACAAAGUUAGCCACUACAGCCUAGUGAUGUACACCAACGUAUCAUAUCACUUCUACUGGAUACGGAACAACGCUCAAAAACUGUACUGUCGAUAUAAUUUAAAGUAG